GAACUAUGAGGUUCAUCUUGUCUGUGAGUUUGAUCGCUACUACCCUUGCAAUUGCUCCGGUCCGUUUUGACAGGGAAAAGGUCUUUCGCAUGAAACCCAAGGAUGAAAAGCAAGCAAACAUUAUAAAGGAUUUGGCUAAAACCAAGGAGCUUGACUUCUGGUAUCCAGAUGCUGCCCAUCAUGUAACCGCUAACAUGAUGGUGGAUUUCCGAGUGAGUGAAAAGGACUCCCAAUCCAUCCAAUCUGCCUUGGAAAAAAACCAAAUGCACUAUGAAAUCCUGAUUCAUGAUGUACAAGAAGAGAUUGAGAAACAGUUUGAUGUUAAAGAAGAUAUCCCAUAUAGACACAGCUAUGCAAAAUAUAAUAACUGGGACAAAAUUGUUGCUUGGACGGAAAAAAUGAUGAACAAGUGCCCCGAAAUGGUAUCUCGCAUUAAGAUUGGAAAAACUUUCGAAGAUAAUCCUCUAUAUGUUCUCAAGGUUGGGAAGCAGGAUGAAAGAAAGCCAUCUAUUUUUAUGGACUGUGGCAUCCAUGCACGAGAAUGGAUCUCCCCAGCAUUCUGCCAGUGGUUUGUCUAUCAGGCAACGAAAAGUUAUGGAAAAAACAAAAUUAUGACCAAACUCCUGGACCGAAUGAAUUUUUAUGUUCUUCCUGUUUUCAAUGUUGAUGGAUAUAUUUGGUCAUGGACAAAGAACCGAAUGUGGAGAAAAAAUCGUUCCAUGAACCAAAACUCUAGAUGCAUCGGCACUGACCUCAACAGGAAUUUUAAUGUCUCAUGGAACUUGUUUCCUGACACUAAUGACCCCUGUAGCGCAAUCUACCGAGGCCCUGCAGCAGAAUCUGAGAAAGAGACAAAAGCUGUAGCUGACUUCAUUCGGAGCCACCUGAAUUCAAUCAAGGCCUAUAUCACCUUCCAUUCCUACUCCCAGAUGUUACUGUUUCCACAUGGAUAUACUACAAAACUGGCACCUAACCAUAAUAUCCUGGACAAAGUUGCAAAGAUUGCCACUGAAGCCCUAGCAACCCUUUAUGAAACCCAGUACAUCUAUGGCCCAAUAGCAUCAACAAUUUAUCCAGUAUCAGGGUCUUCUUUAGACUGGGCAUAUGAUGUGGGCAUCAAACACACAUUUGCCUUUGAACUUCGAGAUAAAGGCAAAUUUGGUUUUCUCCUUCCAGAAUCUCAGAUAAAGUCAACCUGUAAAGAGACCAUGCUAGCUGUCAAAUUUAUUGCAAAGUAUAUUCUCAAGUAUGCUUCAUAA